AUGUUUACAUCAAAAGAAAAGUCAAAAGUUUAUGUUAUUGGUGUUGGAAUGACUAAGUUUACAAAACCAGGAUCAGUACCAAAUUUGGAUUAUCCUGAUAUGGUAAAAGAAGCAGUAAAUAAAGCCUUAUCGGAUGCAAAGCUACAAUAUAGUGAUGUGGAACAAGCAGCGGUUGGUUACAUAUAUGGUGGUACCUGUUGUGGACAACGAGCACUUUAUGAAAUUGGACUUACCGGAAUUCCAAUUUACAAUGUGAACAAUGCGUGCGCUAGUGGUUCAACAGCUGUUUAUCUCUCAAAAUUAUGCAUUGAAGGAGGUCAUGCAGAUGUAGCACUUGCAGUUGGUUUCGAGAAAAUGAAAAAAGGUUCAUUGGAAUCAAUGGAAAAUAUGGAUGAUCGAACACAUGCGCUAGAAUAUCAUAUUAAUGUUAUUUCUAGCACAAAUGGCCUAGUACCGGUACCACUUAUGGCUCAAAUAUUUGCUAAUGCUGGACGAGAACAUAUGAAUAAAUAUGGUACCAAAAGAGAGCAUUUUGCUAAAAUAGCUCAAAAGAAUCACAAACAUUCCAUUAAUAAUCCAAAUUCACAAUUUCAAAAAGAAUACAGUUUGGAGGAGAUUUUGAAUGCACGAGUAAUUCAUGAUUUUAUGGGUCUUCUAGAAUGCAGUCCAACAUCAGAUGGUGCAGCUGCAGUAAUUUUAUGUAGUGAAAAAUUCUUAAAAAAAUCUCCUCAUCUUUCUAAACAAGCUGUCGAAAUUAUUGGUGCUGAAUUGGGAACCGAUGAACCAUCUGUGUUUGCUGAACAUUCAAAUAUAAAAAUGAUUGGCUUCGAUAUGAUACGAAAAUUAUCGACAAGAUUAUAUCAGAAGACAGGUUUAACGCCAAACGAUAUACAAGUAAUUGAGCUGCACGAUUGUUUUGCACCAAAUGAAUUGAUUUCCUACGAAGCACUUGGCCUUUGUGCUCCUGGUAAAGGUAGUGAAAUUAUUGAUAAAGGUGACAAUACAUAUGGUGGAAAAUGGGUCAUCAACCCUUCUGGUGGUUUAAUAUCCAAAGGUCAUCCAAUCGGUGCAACUGGUGUUGCACAAGUUGUUGAAUUAUCGCUUCAAUUGCGUGGUCUUGCUGGUGCACGUCAGGUGCCAAAUUGUAAAGUUGCAAUGCAACAUAAUAUUGGACUUGGUGGAGCUGGUAUGAUUGCAUUAUACCGAUUAGCUGAACCAUUUCAAACAACUACGACAAAUGCUAAAAUUUCUGCAAAGAAAACUUUUCUAAGCGAUGUCAUUUUUGAUGAAAUUAAAGAACGUGCAAAAAAGGAAAUGGAUUUAUCACAAAAAAUAAACAGCUCAUUUAGAUUUAUUUUAACUGGGCCAAAUAAUGAUGUCAAAAAAUGGGUUGUUGAUUGUAAGGUGACACCACCGGUUGUUAUUGAAAUGGGCGAAGGUAACGUAGAUGUCGAAAUGUCAAUGAAAGAAUCUGAUUUUAUCGAAAUUGUUGCUGGGAAAUUGCGACCUGAUCAGGCAUUUUUGCAGCGCAAAUUGAAAAUUAAGGGUAACUUAGCAAAGGCAUUGAAGCUGCGAACAUUAGUGAAACCUGAAAUGUUCAAAGCUAAAUUGUAA